GAGCACUUCACGUUUUGAGGGUCACCCACAAACUCAUAAGUCACAACUCACAACCCAUAACUCGUAGAGAGAGUUUGUGUGUGUUUUGUGUGUCACCUAUUGGAUCGGUGCAUGCAAAAGAUGGAGGACCAAAAUGGUAGUGGUAAGUUCAGUGAGGGGCUUCGCAAGGUGAAGCCUUAUCUUGCUAUAUUGUCCCUUCAGUUUGGCUACUCAGGGAUGUAUAUCAUCACUAUGGUUUCUUUCAAGCAUGGCAUGAGUCAUUGGAUACUCUCAGUCUACCGUCAUGUAGUUGCAGCUAUUAUAAUUGUCCCCUUUGCACUUGUCCUUGAAAGAAAAAUACGACCAAAGAUGACUCUUCCCAUCUUCCUCAGGAUAGUGGCACUUGGUUUCCUCGAGCCAGUGCUAGAUCAGAACCUGUAUAACAUGGGGAUGAAAAUGACCUCAACAACGUUUGCAUCGGCCACUGUUAAUGUCCUCCCGGCCAUAACUUUCGUAAUGGCACUCAUUUUCAGGCUAGAGAAGGUGAACUUGAGAAAAUUCCACAGCCUAGCCAAGGUCAUUGGAACAGUUAUAACAGUUUCAGGAGCUAUGGUUAUGACCCUGUACAAAGGCCCUGCAUUUCAAAUCAUAAAGGGUGGAGGAGCCAUCAGCCAGCAUAGCAACUCUACCAGUACUACCACUGAACCCUCUGACCAGCAUUGGAUAGUUGGCACAUUAAUGCUCGUAUCAAGUUGUGCUAGUUGGGCUGGUUUCUUUAUUCUGCAAUCAUUCACUUUGAAGAAGUACCCAGCAGAGCUCUCACUCACAGCUUGGAUUUGCGUGAUGGGUAUCAUUGAGGGUUCAAUCGCAUCCCUUAUAUUUGAAAGAGACUUCAGUGUGUGGGCCAUAGGCUGGGACUCUAGGCUUCUUGCUUGUGUUUAUUCUGGGGUGAUAUGUUCUGGAAUGGCGUAUUAUGUGCAAGGGGUUGUAACUAGGGAACGUGGACCAGUGUUUGUGACAUCUUUCAGCCCUCUAUGUAUGAUUAUCACUGCUGCAUUGGGUUCCCUUGUCUUAGCCGAACAAGUUCAUCUAGGAAGUAUAUUUGGGGCGAUUCUGAUUGUGUGUGGACUUUACACUGUGGUGUGGGGCAAAAGCAAAGACCGUCAGAGCACAAAAGAUAUAGGGAAAGAUGAAUUCCUGCUGAGGUAUUGAAGAAAGGGUCAGGGAAAAAUGUGGCACUAUCGACAAUAACAACAUCAUGAAGGUCCUUUCAUGGGACUAGCCAUAAUUUUUCCUGUUAUCUUUAGCUAGAUUGAGGCCAAGAAAGAUUUUGUGCUCAAAAUCUUUACCUCACUAGCUUCAUUUUCAUUGUAUCUUUCUUGUUUUCCUUUAACUUUAUUCCGUGUUUCAGAAAGUAUAAUGUGAAUCAAAUAAUGCAAUGCUUCUGUCUCUUUUUUGUCCUCCCAA